AUGGUCACUCAAGCCUCUUGGCCUCCAAUCUUGGUUGUAAAAUUUUUUUUUUUUUUUUUUUUUUUUUUUUUUUUUUUUUUUUUUUUAACAAUGAGUAAUGUCUUUAAAAUAUUAAACAGUUUCAUUUUUUCAUUUUAUUUAAUAAAAUUUUUUUUGAUGGGAUAUAAUUAUUUUAGAGAUGAUUUCGAAAAUGAAGAUGAAAAACCAAAUAAAGAUAUAAAAAAAGAAACAAAAAAAAUCAGUAAAAUUAGUGAUCUUUUAAAUUCAGAAAAUGACAAUGAAAAUGUAAUACCAUCACUAAAUCCCAACGUUUUUAAUAAAAUCUCUCCACUCCAACCAACUAAUACCUGGACUUUAAGUCCCCCCAUUUCAAAUGAAUCAAUAGAAUUUAAUAAUAAUAAUAAUAAUAAUAAUAAUAAUAAUAAUAAAAAUAACAACCAGCAAAAUCAAAAUCCAACCAACCAAACCGAUCAAUCAAAAAAUUUAUACUCUCCAUAUAAAAAAUAUAUAAAAAAACAAAAUAUAGAUAAUUUAGAAUUUCCUACCAAUCAAUUAAAUCAUAAUAUAAUUAAUACUACACCAAUUAAUAAUAAUAUUAACCAAAAUUUUAAUAAUAAUAAUAAUAAUAAAAACAUAACUAGCCAAAAUUCUACAAUUAGAAAUUAUAGAAGAAGUACUUCUCCAACAAACAAUUCAAAUGAUGUUCCACCAAAUUUAUAUAAUCAGAAUAUAACGACCAACAAUAAUUUACAGCAAAUUAAUACUAAUAGAAAAUCACCAGAAAAACCUUUAUUUAACCAAACUGAACUAAGCGAUGAUGUAUUAAACUCAAAACAAACCGAAAUUUAUAAUAAUAACAACACCGAAAUAUUUUCCAGAUAUCCAAGAAAGCUAAAGAAAAGGGUGUCUUGUGAAUACCACCACAAACGAUGCCAAGCCUGUCCUACUGAUUGCCCUGGUAGAAUCUCACACCCUCCUCGUCCCCAUCCACCAAUAAAAGAUAAAUUAACAAUUGGUUGUAGAUCUUGUAUGGAUUUUUUCAACCAUAUAGAAAACAUCAACAAAACCGAUUUAGGAAAUAAUAAUAUUGAAAAUAAUUCAUUAUUAAAUACCUCAACUAAUUUUAAUAUCAACAACAAUAUUUCCAAUAACAAUAAUAAUAAUAAUAAUAAUAACAAUAUAAAUAAUAAUAAUAAUAAUAAUACUACUACUACCACUACCACUACGAAUAAUAAUAUAAAUAAUAAUAAUAAUACUACCACUACCACUAUGAAUAAUAAUAAUAAUAAUAAUAAUAAUAAUAAUAAUAAUAAUAAUAAUAAUAAUAAUAAUAAUAAUAAUAAUAAUAAUAAUAAUAAUAAUAAUAAUAAUAAUAAUAAUAAUAAUAAUAAUAAUAAUAAUAAUUUUCAUAAUAAUAAUAAUAACCAAUGCAAUUGUAUCAAUUGUUUAAAAAAUAAAAACUACUCAGCUCAAACUAAUAUUAACAAUUCAACCACUGUUCAAUUUGAUGAGAAUUUAUCAUCUAAUCAAAGUAAUUCAUUAUCCCAAUAUAGUGAUGGAAAUAUUGGUCCUUCAAGUCCUCGAUCAAUCAAUAAUUCUCAAAAUGAAAACCAAGAAAGCAAUAUUCCUUUUAGUUUCAAUAGAAUCAACUCUCCAAUUUCAACUACUACUAACCUUGAACCGUGUAGGAUGCCUAUGUGUAUAGUUUGUAAAAAUGGGGCGCCACCUUCAUUUUCUUAUGUGAAACCAUAUUGGGCUCACAUAAUUUAUUUAGCAUUGUUUGCAUUAAACAAAACAUCAGACUAUUUAGAAAGUACAACUAAUUCUGAAAACCAAAAUUUUUGUGUUAGAUCAAAUGGAAAUAGAUUUUUUAAACUUCAAAGUAUUUUCAAAUUUGUAGAGGUUCAUUGGGACAUCAUUUGUUUUAAGGAUAAAGAUUCAAAUUGGAAAAAAAAAAUUGGUAUGACUCUUUCCCAUUAUCCACAAUUAUUUGAAAAUGGUUUAUCAAGUUUCCAAAUCUCUGGAUAUUGGGCUCUAAAAAGUUCAAAUUUAAAUCCAUAUUCCAUUAAUUUUAUAAAUAAUUUUAAUUGA